UUCUUUCCAUACGUUAUCACAGUUCGUUUCAUCACAGUUUGGCUUUAAAGUGACGGUACUCUGAUUGGAGGAAACACAGAAAAGCACUCUGGGAGUUGUAGUUCUUUCAUCCUGUUGUUUUUUUUUUAUGCAGGAGAAACUACUUUUUUAGUUUUUAGUUUUCUAGAAACUAAACAAAACAAUACAAUAAACAGCGAUGUUGUAGGAGUGUGUCAUGGUUUGUUUCCUGGAAUAUGUUUUAAACUCGGUGUGACUGAUGAUGACACCUGAUGUAUUGAAUGUCUUCGUCACUGUCCAAUCAGCAGCAAGAGGAAGCGUUCACAUGGAGACGACGCUUUACACAAAAGUUUUUUUUUUUUUUUCAACUCUGGAGGUCUGACAGCGGUGAAGCGGAGCGGCUUCGUCAGGGAACAGCUGCAGGGAUGCAGGUCCAGUCGGUUCCUCUCGGCUCCGUCUCCAUCGGAGCGCAGUCCUGGCGCGAUGGCACGGUGCGCUCCAUCCGGCGGGCGGAGCGCCUGGUGCGGCAGACCCGGGCCGGGGGCUCCGCCGCCUGCGGCCGGCCCCGGAGCUGCAGCGCCUCGGGACGUUUCCUCAGCCCGAAGAGCGCGGAGACCGGAGCGGAGGAAUGCGCAGAGAGCAGGAACAAGCCGACGAGGCCCCAAACUACAGGAGCCACGGGGACGUCCGUGGCCCCGUUCCCGGCCACCAGCCUGCGUGAGCAGUGCGCGGGGGCCAGCGUGGCCCUGGCCGGCCGGUACAUGCGGGGGGUCCGGGAGGUGGAGGGCCGGCUGCGCAGGCAGGCCGGGAGGGUGACCGAGGAGGCCGUGAAGCUCCACAGGGACCGGGGCCACCUGGAGAGGACGCUGCGGGGCCUCGGGGCCAAUCUGACCGUCAACAGGAGGAGCUCGGAGGGGAGGAGCAGGAGGCCCCCCACCGCUGAGACGGAGAGAGACGGAGCCGAUUACCUGCUGCUGUGGGAGAGAAGGGAGCUGGCCGAGCUGAAACGGGACCUGGAGGGGGCCCUGAGGGACACCCUGGGACAGCUGCAGGUCCUGGGGGAGAGCAGCAGGAAGCUGCUGGACUGCGCCACUGAGCGCGCUCGGGUCCUGGACCUGCUUCCUGUCAGUGGAUCUGCUGGAGGUCAGAGCUCCACCAGAACCACGGACCCAUGUGGCCCCUUCACACCAGAGUGUAAAGAGGUCCUGGAGUCAUCGUCUGUGGUCGUCAACCAGUCACAGCAGCUGAGAGGAAAGAACAGAAAGAUGCUGAGCAGCGCCAUCGUCAGGCAGAAAGCUGCUCACUGCGCCGUUAACGACGGCCUGGUGAAGAAGGUCGCUGAGACGGUCUCUCUGCAGCAACAUCUGACUGUGACGUCUGCAGCCGCCAGACAGGCCAUGUACCGCAAGCAGAGGGAGAUCAACUCCAUCCGUCACAGUCACGACAGAGCUCAGGGUCCAGAGCACAGCGGGGACGUCCUGUCCAGAGAGAAACUCAACAGGCCUCUGGUGCAGGUUUAUCAGAGACACCCGGGGACGCAGCUCCCUGAGGCUGCUCAUCUCAUUCAGGGCAGCGCGGUGCUGAGACGGUGUCUGAAGUCCUCUGAGGACGAGCUGGCGAAGCUGCAGCGCGUCUGUCUGCAGCUGCUGGACGACCUGCACGGGAAGACGACGGCAGCUCAGGUGGAUGCAGCCGUGGUUCGUAUGAGGCGCCAGCAGGUCGACCAGAGAGCGAUGCCUGCUGUCCUCCAGCGGGGGGCGCUCUGAAGCCAACCUCCUCUGUGUGUGUGUGUGUGUGUGUGUGCGUUCAGUAGAGCUGUAAGUAGAGGUUUAAUGUGUGGCGAGUUCAAGAUCAAUAAAAUGGGAAGAAAAGCUUUGAAGAUGUUUAUUGUCGUAUGCAGAGGAAAUGCCUGAAUGACAUUCAGACUAAAAGCAGGAAAUAAAUAAACUAAAACAAUGUGCAGGAGAAAACAGUUCAAUUCAAAGCUUAAAACCAGAGUUGAGGAUCGUGCUCCGUGCUACAGAUCUGGUCCGUGGGAGUCUUUCAUUUCACUCUCCUGCAGCGUCUCUCUGGAGCCAGGAGACAGAAGAGCUUGUGUUGAGGGUGUGUCCUGUCCUUCCCAGGAAACACGGUCUCUGAGGUCUGAGCUGACGAAGGUCCUGAAGAAUUUGAAAGUCCUCACCCUCUCUGUCUCGGUGUCGCCCAUGCAUUCAUCACAUCCAUGGAGCAGAUGGACUCUGAUUAGGACUUGAAAGUCAUUUGGAAUCACAGAGAUGCACCUCACUGAUACGUAAUAAUAAUAAUAAUGAUGCAUUUUAUUUGUGGACCCUUUCAAAGCACUCGCCUUACAUAAGACAUACAAUACAGUAUUAUAAAAUCAGAUUUAAAAGAAGUGCAUGGAUAAGAAAGAAAGCUGUUUUAAAGAGAGUCUAUGUUUAGAACGUCAGGUUGGAGAAUGAUCCAAAGCCGUGAAGCUGAGAGACUGAAAGCUCUGAAACCUGCGGUGGACGGUCAGGGAGGAGGAGGCUGAGGAGGAUCUGACUGUACAGGAGGGUUCGUAUAGUUGGAGAAACAACUGGUUCAGUUCAUCAACAUCAUCAGCCUUCAUGCCUAUCGAUUCCUCUUCAACUCUUUUUGUGCCCAAUCUUUACGUCAAAGCAUGUUGUUCACAUCACAUGACGACAUGAGGGCAUGAAGAGUCUAAAGUAGGAAGAGACUGAAACGGUCCAACGAGGCUUCACUCCCCCAGAACCGACUGGAACAGCACAAUGUGCAACUUAUGCAGCGUCGUAAUUUCAAGCAAAUGCAUCAGCACCACCAACAUGGUGAAGCAUUUGUUGACGAUGCACGGCAUCAAAUACUGAGAGAGACAUGAGUUUGACGAUCUCUGGUCACCACGUCUCAGCAGAGCAGAGCUAGUGAGGAUCCAGAGACCAGGUUCCUAUUUGUUUACUUACACCAGCUCUCAUCUCUGGUUUAAAUACUCAAUAAGAUUCCUGUUGUUUACAUAGAACCACCAGCGGCAACUUCUUCCAGACACGAGGAACUGAUAAAGAAUCAGAUCCAUAAUGUAUAUAUUAAAAUAAAUAAAUAAAUCAGAUGUAGAUUAAAUUAUGUUUGUAAAUACAUAUGAAUGC